AUGGACUACUCAACCGAACCAUGCUUUUUCCAAGCCGAUCACAUACCUGUAUCUUGUGAUGGUGAUCGAACUGAACUUAGUGCUCUACUGUUCGGAACAGCUCCACGGAGUGAAUUCCGAUCGAUGCUCGAAUACUUAUUAUAUCGAGCCGGCUAUUUUCAUUUGCAAUAUACAAAUUUAUGUCAAUACAAAAUCUGUAAAAAUCACUAUGAUUACCUGACAUCCCGUGAGCGUAACGACAGCUGCAGACUGUGCAAGACGGUUCGAGGAUGUCCGACAGCUGGCACAACUCAUCUUCGAACAGUGACUAAAUCAUUAGCUUUACAAGUAUGGAAAGAAGGACGUCCGAUGUAUACCUGGGCUGUAUACGCCAAGCCCGUAUGCAAUAAUUGCAGAAAAUAUGUUGAAAUAAUGAAUGACACAACUACCAUGCGUUCCACUAGUGAACAUUGGUUUGAUUGGAUAUACGACGAAAGCAUUGUAUACCUACCCAGUCCAUCUGAACCGGCGUCACAACAUAGCAAUUAUGAGCCACAGCUCGAAGAUUUGACGAACUCUCAGCAUCCAGACUAUUUUGAAUUACUCAAACGGUGUCUUGUUGAAACCGGAUUUACCGGUCGAGUACAAAAAAUCUCGUCUUUCACUAAACUUACUGAGCAUAGUCGACGUAACGUUCAAACUCAAACGCUGAAAAUUAUUCGACAUACACUGAAAAUUCUUCUCGCAAAUGAUGCUGAAGAAGUAUGGAAGGAUAUUAUCGACACCUAUCAAUCGAAUUCUUAUGAAGAUCAAAGUGAAAUGAAUAGUGCAAUGAUGUCACUUUCGAAAGCCUACUCGAAUACUGAUUAUUUCGGAACAAAACGCCAAAUUCUCGCAAUUGUUGCCGCUGAUUUUCCAGCAUCAACACUUAAAACAUUUUUUCCUGGUAUUACAGCUGACUUAAUCAAAGAAGCUCGAGCACAUGCUUAUAACAAAGGAAGAGGAGCACCUUUCCAAAACGAAACAAAGCCAUUAGAACGUUAUGAUGAGUCUAAAAUUCUUCAUUUUAUUGAAUUUGUUCUCUCACCAGCGAUUACGGUCGAUCUACCAUUCGGUAGUAAACAUUUAAAGCUUACAACCGGUGAAAAGCUCGAUGUUCCCAAUACUAUCAGAAACACCACACAUUCACGCAUCAUCCAGCAAUAUUACUCUUCCUGCGAAGAAUCAAUUGAUGGAAAUUUUAAACCCUUAGGUGAUACCACUCUA